AUGGAGAACAGUCAGCUUGAAAUAGCACUCGAGCACAAGACGAUGGCAGGAGGGAAAAACAUGCAAAUUGCUUGUAUCAUGUGCACGUUCUUAAAUGCCGCCGACGUCUCUUCAUGCGGAAUGUGUGGGACGGAGAUGAAACCUCCGACACAUGAUGUACAGGCAGACGGAAGCUGGAAAUGUGGCGGCUGUGAGACGAAAAAUCGACGAGGAGGAAAAGAGUGUUCACAGUGUCGUCUUCCUUUUUAUUCGCUGGUGACUACAGCUGCACCAGCUCAGAUUUUCUGUUCACGAUGUGGUUUUCUAAACGAUGGAGGCAAUCUUACAUGCGUGCAGUGUGACUACACUAUUCGCUCUACUCUGAACAAGAUUACUACGGAUCUGAAAGAUAGUACGAACUUUAUUGCGCGGGAUAUGGGCGUGAAUAUCCACGUCAAGUGUCCCGGAUGUCUUGUGGUGUGUUAUGUGCCGCCUGCUACCGCGUGUCUGCGUUGUGGUACCUGCCACACGUACUUUGCGUCGCCUUCGGUCGGUGAGGUGACGAAUUUUCACGUGAAUCGCUUAGCGUCUUCCAUCUCUAGCUCGUUUAUGGUAUUCUUUCGGGUCAAGCGCGGUGCGCAGGACGAGAACGAGGUUACACGUCGUCAGGAGGAAGCUCGAGAGGCGCCAGUUGGCCGCCUGAUCGCUGCUGGACAGAGUGUCGUGAAGUCUCCUUGUCCUUCCUCGACUAUUAGUGACACGAGUGAUCUCUCGUCAAGCUUUCAGGAGAGCGAAGUGUCUGAGGACGAAAAGGAGGAAAAACUGGAUGCUCUUCAGACGUUAGACUGUGUCAUAGAGCCUAAUGCUCAGGAAAAACCGCCGGUAGUCGAAGAAAAGGUAGGAGCGGACAAGAAGACUUCGACGUCGCUUGACAAAAGAAACUACGAGGAAUCGCAGAAAGAGGUGGCCAUCAGAGGUACAGAUUCAGUAGACCAUCUCUCAUCAAGCUCAAGCAGCUUUAAAAAAGAGCUGCCAAAACUUGUACGGUCGAUGCCACUUCGUACAACUCUUCCGCCGCCCCGGCAAGAGCUGAUACAGGUGGAGGGUGAUAUCGUGGAGCUAUAG